AACUGCUGCUUUUCAGAGGAGAAAUCAAAACAAGAUUACACGAAGCCUGAAAAUGAAGACUAAAAUGGAGUAUUCAACCACCAAAAUCUCCCCAGCAAAGAUGAACAGCUCAGCAGGCAAGGCUUUGGUAAAAUCUCCCAAGUUGGGAAAAUCCCAGCAGAAGGCUGAAGAAGUUUGCCAAAUGUACUUUAUGCAGCUACGUUCUGGCCUUAUAAAAAAGACAGCCUGUUAUUUUAAGAAAGAAACCACCAAAAGACAUUCAACAAGAAGAGCUGGAAAGUAUAAAGAACAUCUAGUAUUCACUGCCCGUCAUCAGCAGCUGGAACGGCCUGUGGGGGGCUUAGCCUUUGGUGUGCCUAUGGUCCAGAAAUGCUUUGGAACAACUGAUGUUCCAAGUAUCCAAGAAUAUUCUGCUUCCCUGAGCACAUACAAUGAUCAAUCUAUUACUUUCGUUUUUGAGGAUGGAAGUUAUGAGAUCUAUGUAGAAGACUUGGGAAAAGACCAAGAGAAAGAUAAGGUGUUAUUCCGUUAUUAUGAUUUCCAACCUCCUUCACAUGAAACAGGUGAUGCUGAUGAUGGCCAUAUGUUAUUGGUAAAUCUGAGUCCUACAAAAGACAAAGACUUCCUGCUGCAUGCCAAUAACAAAGAACACUCUGUGGAGCUACAAAAAUGUGAAAAACCAUUGCCAGACCAGGCCUUCUUCCGCCUUCAUAGGAAGUCUUCCAAAUGUGUUUCAUUUGAAUGUAAGAAUGACCCUGGAGUGUUUAUAGGAGUAAAGAAUAACCACCUUGCUCUAAUUAAAGUAGAGGAUCAAACUGAGUAUUUUAGUACAGAGAAUAUCAUAUUUAAACUCUCUUAAACUUAAUGUAUGGAAAGCUGUGGAUCUUGUGUUGGAUAACUCAAAUAGUUACCACUGGAGAAAUGAUCGAGAAAUAAAGAAAGAGGUAACAUUCAAGGGAAAUGGAGGGUACUUAGUAUGCUAUGGAAUGUUUUUCUCAUUAUGUGUAAAUACUUUUUUAUGGUCUUUCAUUUCUGCAUUUUAUUUCCUUCUGUAUCAUUACAUAUUCAAUAAGGUAUUGCUAAAGACCUCAGAAGAGGUACAACCUGAACUUUAAUUUUUUCUACUUUCAGUACAGAAAGAACUUCAUAUUUAGAGCUGAGACCUCUGGGGAGAAGCAAGGGCCUUAAUCCAAGUCUCAUUUUAGACAGGGAUCCAUUUUAAAGAGCUACAUAAAGACAUAAUUUUCCCUGGUUCCAAACAAUGAGUUCAAACACUAAAGCUAUUGGUGAAAAGACAACCAAAUCUAUUUGGACUGACCAUUUCACAACUGGAAUAAAACACCAAAUUUGUUUGAAGAUGCCCAAAACUUCAGAUACCUACCUACAUAGGUAGGCAGAUAAUAUAAAUAUAUGAAAUGACAAAGACAGUCAAAACAUUAAGAAAAAUAAAUCCAGUAUUUGUAAAUAAUUUUACCUCUAAUUGUUUGUAAACUGCUAAUUUUUUAUAGACUUAGUUAAGUUUAAGCAAAGCAUUCUUCUAUUAGGAAAUGAAAUAAAUUUUAGUUCAGACAUAUAAUUGAAAUCAUUAAGAAUAUCCAACAAAUUAAAACGUUUUUUUAAAAGCACUGAGACACAACUUAUUUUAGGACAUCCAAGUACCAUGGGAUCCAAGUACCACAGUGAAUUCAGAAAUCCUCUAAUCUACUAGAGCCUAGAUAGGACACAGGAUUAAUAUCACAAUUUCAAUAACUGACUCUUCCUGAUGUUUGUAGUAUACUAUGUCCUUCUGACCCUAUUCUCCAGGGAUCUAUGACUUUUGAUAUACAUAUCACCCUGGACAAAAUUUCUUCUAAUACUUUCUUCCCAUGUAUACAAAUGUUUUUCUUGUCCAGCUUUCCGAUUACCCUACUUAUUAUGGCAUAUUUGUUUGACUUUUGUUACUUCUUUAUUCUUUUGACCAAAUGUGUUCUUGAUAUACCUUUUGUGACUCCUGAGCUUCAUUACAAAUCACCUGAUAUCUGGAUGCCAUCUUUAUUUUACUUCAUCUAUCUGAUGUUGUAGAAUUUCAUAUAAGCCUAUUAAAGAGCAAUAUUUUUUUAUUAAACAUCUUUGCAUUUUACAUUACUAAGGUAAUAAAAUUCAUACUCAACCAUAUAAUAAGAUUUUUCAACUACUAAAGGAAUAGUUUUGCUUAUUUUAAGGCCUUAAUUCUACUAUAAUUUUUCCUAGGCUUAACACUGACAGUAAAUGAUAAAACUAAUGACAAUACUUAUAAAAUGCAACUUUUUCUGAAAGUGUAGGCUUUUUAAUUUUUAAUUGUUGAGUUCUAUUAGAUUAUAAUUCUGGUGGAACAUAAGAUUAAAAAGGCUGAGAAUUACUGUGUGAGGGUAAGCAAUUAUAAACAAUAAUAAAUCUUUCAUUACAUUGCCAAUUUUAUUAUUUUUUUGUAUAUUGUUUCAAGUUUCUUUUUUUUUCAAUGUAUGAAGUUUAUUGUCAAAUUGGUUUCCAUACAACACCCAGUGCUCAUCCCAAAAGGUGCCCUCCUCAAUACCCAUCACCCACCCUCCCUCCCUCCCACCCCCCAUCAACCCUCAGUUUAUUCUCAGUUUUUAAGAGUCUCUUAUGCUUUCAUUGCCAAUUUUAUUAUGGAGACAAAAAUAAAUGCAGAAUCUAUAUCAUCCGCUCUGAAAAACACUAAAUGUUAAUCAUAUGCAUCUCUAUGAUAUACUUAAAAUUAUUGUUUUUAAGUAAUCAGAUAUAUCUAUUACAUUGUUUAAGUUCUUGAAUAAAUUGUAUUUUUCAAAAGUC